AUGUCAAGAGUGAGCAAACCAAGAGCAUGCAAAACCAGAGCCGCGGUGAGUUUUAGCUUAUUUUGAGAGAGAAAAGUGAAUAAUGUUUUUUUUUAUUUCAGGAAGCUCGAGAACAGGAGAAAAAGGGCAAGAAACGUGAGACGCCAGAACAGGAGAAAAAGAGUACGAGACGUGUAGUUAGAGUGAGUUUUUCGAAAAUGCCACGUCAUAUGUCACAAUUUUUCUAAUUUUAGGUUCGAUGCUAUCGUGAAGAUGUUAUGAGAAUGUUCCAAGAUCCGAAUCUGUCAGAAAAUGAUGAAGAAGAUGAAGAAGAAUACGAAUCACAUGAUCCGGUGAGCAAUUUUAGAGGAGAAAUUUUAAAAAAAAUUUUGUAUAGCGGUUUUUGGCGCGAAAAUGUUCAAAAAAAAAUUCCAGAAAUCCGAACAUUCUUGCCGACUUUGCAACGACACAAAAAAGGCGCGAAAAAUGACCGAAGUUCCAAAAGAAGACUUUUUUUUCGAUCGCUGGGGUCGAUCUGCUGAAACAUUUAUGAGAAUCGGAGACCAGCCACCAACAUUCUUCGAGAAUUGUCGAAACAAUCCAGCACCACAUUUCAUUUGCAAUGAUCAUGUCGGUGAACUUUUAUUCGGAGUUAUGCAACUUCCACGAAUUGAGAUGGAAAAGAAAGAAAGAGGAGAACAAAUGUAA